AUGUCCAAAAAUAAACUAUCUUCACUAGGUAAUUAUGCUACUACUACUACUGCCACCUCAUCCAUAAGUAGCAAUACUUCUAUUGCUAAGAUUAUUUUUGUUUUUUCAAACAUUCUUAAAUUAGUACAAUCAAUCCCCAUUGGCCAUAUUAGUCAUGGUGGCGAUUAUUCUACUGAAACCAAGAGACCAGUAUUAACUCCUGAAGAAUUUUAUAUCAAUUUAUUUACUUCGAUUUUUCUUGUUUUAGCUGGUGGUGUAUUUGCUGGUUUAACUCUUGGGUUAAUGGGACAAGAUGAAGUUUAUUUAAAAGUUAUUGCUCAUAGUGGUGAUUCAACUGAACGUAAACAUGCUAAAAAAGUUUUACAAUUGAUCGGUAGAGGUAAACAUUGGGUAUUAGUUACGUUAUUAUUAUCUAAUGUCAUUACCAAUGAAACUUUACCUAUUGUGUUGGAUCGUUGUCUCGGUGGUGGUUGGCCUGCAGUUGUAACAUCUACAGUGUCUAUUGUUAUUUUCGGUGAAAUAAUACCGCAAUCCAUUUGUGUUAGAUAUGGAUUACAAGUUGGGUCAUUAUUUGCUCCAUUUGUAUUGGUUUUGAUGUAUAUUAUGUAUCCGGUGGCUUACCCAUGUGCCAUGUUAUUGGAUCAUAUUCUUGGUGAAGAUCAUGGUACGGUUUAUAAGAAAUCGGGAUUGAAAACUUUGGUUACUUUACAUAAAACCAUGGGGGUGGAAAGAUUGAAUCAAGAUGAAGUCACCAUUAUUAGUGCUGUUUUGGAUUUAAAAGAAAAACCUGUUAGUUCAAUUAUGACACCAAUGGAUAGAGUUUUCACUAUGAGUGCUGAUGCUUUAUUGGAUGAAAAAACCGUGGAAGAAAUUUUUAAUGCCGGGUUUUCUCGUAUUCCAAUUCAUUUACCUAAUGAACCAACCAAUUUUAUUGGGAUGUUGUUAGUACGUGUUUUAAUCAGUUAUGAUCCAGAGGAUGCAUUACCAGUUGCUUCAUUCCCAUUGGCAACUUUACCAGAAACUGGAUUAGAUACAUCAUGUUUGAAUAUUUUAAAUUAUUUUCAAGAAGGUAAAUCUCAUAUGAUUGUUGUUAGUGAAAACCCAGGGGAACCAACUGGUGCAGUUGGUGUUUUAACUUUAGAAGAUGUCAUUGAAGAAUUGAUUGGUGAAGAAAUUGUUGAUGAAUCUGAUGUUUAUAUUGAUAUUAAUAAAAAUAUUAAAAGAAAACAUCCUGGACCUUUGGCUAAAAGAAAUUUGACGUCUUAUUUACAUACCUUAUAUCAAAGAAAUUCUUCAAGUAAUCCAAAUUCAAAAAGAAAUUCGAUUGAUUCAUCAGUUCAACGAAAUGGAAAUGGUGGAAGAAUUUCACCACCUUUGGAUAUUAGUGAAAGAUUAAGACAAGGUUCUGAAUCGAGUCAAAUAACAUACACAACAAAUAAUAAUAACACCAAAAACCGUAAACAAGAUCAAAAUGAAGUGACAACAACUGCUGGUGUUGGAACUGGAUCUGGGUUACCUGCAUCUAAAUGGAAACCUAAGAAUCCUGCUUCAAAUCCAUUAGAAACGAAAAAGAAAUUUGUUACCAUUAAAAGACCUGAUCAAGAUAAAAUAGAGUCGAUGAAAAAAAUCACUUCUCCUAAAUUAGUGCCGACACAAGUUGGAACCAUUUAUUCUACUGAAAAGGGGGCAUUAGAAGAAGCUCAAAGAAGAUCAUUAGAUGAAAGAGAACAUGGUCCUAAAUUUUUGAUGCCAAUGGAAAGCGAAGGUGAUGUAUCAGAAAUUAAUAAUAAUAAUAAUCCACAAAGCUAUCAUGGUGAAAAUGGUUCUCAUCAUCAUAUUGAUAUUCCAAUGAACGGUAAUGCUAGCCAUACUAAUCAAUCAAAUGGUAGUGAGAAUAUUGAUAUACCGAUUCCAGAAUAUCAAGAAUCAAGAUCUUAUAAGACAGGAGGUAUUGUUGAAUCAGUUGUUAAUGUUCAAGGGGUUCUGAAAGUUAUUAUUGAGAAUGUUACUGAUGUUGAUGAUGAUGAUGAAGUUCAUGGUGAAGAUGAAAUUGCCUUAGCUAUUGAAAAUUUGGCAUCAAAUGAUAAGAAACACAAAUCGAAGAAAUCUAAAAAACUGAAAAAGAAACUGAAAAAAUCACCAAGUUCUACUUUGAAAUCAGUUACUACUAGUUUAGAAUUAGGAGACGAUGAUGAUGAAACUGAUGAACAAACUCAAUCAUUACUUCAUAGUGGUAAUGGUAGUAGAAAUUCUUCAAUUGGAAGUAAUAAUAGCAGCAAAUAG